AUGGCGACAGAAACAGGCUGUACGAAUGGCGUUGCCCUUCUACUAGAACUCGCUGACACGCAGCACAUCCUCCACCAGGUAGAGGCAUACGAUACCCUCCAAAAGGAAACGGACUCACCAGGUGCCACGAUAACACCCAUAGCAGGUGGACUCAUCGUGCUCACCAACCCUGAGUAUGGACAGAAGCUCAACCGCGCCGUUGGUCUUGGUGUCACAAGGUCCGCGACUGACAACGAUCUAAACAAUAUCGAAUCAUUAUUCGAGCAAGCGCAGACAGCCAUCAGUUUCCAUCUCGCUGGUCUUGCCAGGGACGACCUGAAGCAGAGGCUUGCAGCGAAAGGCUACGUUGCCAAUGGAUCCGUGAAUGUUUACUACAUGGAUCUGAACGAGACCAUCCCUGGGCCACAUCCAGAUCCCGAUGGCCGGCACCCGAACAUUGUGAUCGAGGAGGUGGAUCGUACGGCCAACGCAGAGCUAUUCCAUGAUGUGUCCGUCGAAGGAUUCCGGUCCGGAGGUCGAUCGCCAGAGCUGCUUUCUCAUCUUGCAGAAUUAGCCCUCCGACGAGACGACACGAAGUUAUUCUUCGCGUAUGUCGAUGGCAAGCUUGCUGGGUCAGCAGCCAUGGCGACACUUGAGGUUCCUGACUCCCUCGAUUCGUCCACGAGGACUGAUCGUCCCACUCAGCCAUUCACGACGAUCACACAGCUUUACCUCGAUUCAACCUUACCUGAGUUUCGUGGGCAAGGCGUGCAUGCAGCAUUGAUCCGGGAGCGUUUACGACUAGCUCAGGGCCAUGCCUCCGCGGUGAUGCUGGUGGCAAGAUCAGCCAGCGGCAGUGCCAGGAAUGCUUUGAGAGCCGGUAUGAAGCUCGCGUACGAGAAGCAGAUCUUCAGUCGGUGA